CACUGAGUCCUGUAUGGCAACGAAGUGAAGGAUGUAGUUUCACACAGCGGGCUCUUGGAUGUCUGCAGAGCAGAGAUUUAUUUCUCCUUAAGCCAGAGGAUAACUGGAUGAUGGCAUGGCUAUAAACAGCUGCCCUGGGGGGAGUAUGAGGAUCUGUCUCACUAGUUUCUCCUUAUUGCUCCUCCACCUACUUCCUUGUUUGGGACAGCUGCAGGAGCCAGGGUCCUCAUCCUUUCAAUUUACCGCCUCCAUCUACAAUGCCACCAUUUAUGAGAACUCUGCAGCUCGGACAUACAUUAGGACUGAGGUUAAAAUGGGGAUUCCACUAUCUAAGUUUGGUCCUUUGGAUAUUAAAUAUUCCAUUGAAUCUGGAGAUGAUGAGGGGCUGUUUCAGGCUGAGGAAUUUGUGUUGGGGGACUUUUGCUUUCUUCGCAUACAGACUAAUGGUGGGAGCGCUGCCAUCCUGAACCGCGAAGUGCAGAAUAAUUAUACAUUAACGGUGAGGGCUACUGGCCUAGGUGGGCUGGAGGCUUACGUGACAGUUAAUGUGCAAAUUAUGGACAUGAAUGACCUCCGACCUUUGUUCUCGCCCACUUCCUAUGCCAUUGAUAUUUCAGAAAGUUCUCCGCUGGGAGCAAGUGUGGCUCAGGUGACUGCCACUGAUGCAGAUAUCGGCUCCAAUGGCGAGUUUUACUAUUUCUUUAGAGGAGACGUGGAGGAGUUUGCUGUCCACCCAACCAGUGGGGUGGUAUCACUCACAGCCAAGCUAAAUGCAGAUAAGAACAGCAGAUUUGACCUUGAGGUUUUAGCAGUGGAUCGUGGAAUGAAGGCUUAUGGGAACAGUGGUAUUAGCAGUAAAGCCAAAUUAGUGAUCAGUGUUGUGCGUAUCAAUGAGUUCGCUCCAACACUGACUGCAGUCGCACGUUACCCUUUAAUAUCAGACAAAGAGCCAGUUUACGCCACUGUUACUGUAGAAGAUUUGGACGAGGGACCCAAUGGAGAAAUCGAAUGGGUUGCCAUCAUUGCAGGUGACCCACAGGAGCAGUUUGUCUUUGACAGAGCGCCACUUGGAAAUGAAUACAAGCUGAAGAUGUCUGAACCAGUCAACUGGGAUAAAUUUCCUUAUGGUUGCAAUCUCACUUUUCAAGCCAAAGACCGUGGAACACCACCAAGACUCUCCAACACUCAGUCUGUUCAGCUCUUAGUGAAAAAAACACAGUCUGUGCAGGUGAGUUUCGACAAAAAAAUGUACAAAACCUCAAUUAUUGAGAUUGCACCACCAGGGACCAUAAUAGAGACUGCGAGGAUAUCUCCAAGACCGCCAGUCGUCAGCUAUGCUCUAAGCCUGACCUCAGAUUCAAUUUAUUUUAUCAUUAAUCCACUCACUGGUGUCAUCUCAACAGCACAACAGUUUACCACAUUAAAACAGGAGCUCUUCAAUUUAGAGGUGAUGGAGACAGUAAGUGGCAUGACAGCAAAGGUGCAAAUCACGGUCGAGGAUGCUAACAACAACUACCCAGUGUUUAUCAGCACAUCUUACAAAGUCUCUAUCAAUGAGAGCAUCCUCAUUGGCACUGUCAUUCUCACUAUAUCAGCGGUGGAUGAUGAUAAAGGUGAUAAUGGGUGCAUAACAUACAGCAUAGCUAGCCUUCAGCCCCUUCCGUUUAUCAUUAACCAAAAUACUGGAGAGCUGACGACAUUCAAAGAACUGGAUUUUGAAUCGUCUUUGGAGACAUAUGUGUUCGCUGUCCGAGCCUCAGACUGGGGAUCGCCUUACAGACGAGAAAGUGAAGUCAAUGUCACGGUACAAGUGUUGAACAUUAAUGACAACCAACCUCUUUUUGAGCGUGUGUCAUGUAAAGGUACGAUAGGAUGCGAUUUUCCUGUAGGUCAGACGAUCAUCAUAAUGUCUGCCAUUGAUAUCGAUGAGCUUGGGUUGGUUAAAUAUAAGAUUCUGUCUGGAAAUGAGCAAGAUGUCUUCACUCUUAACCCGGACUCGGGGAUGUUGUCAUUAAAAAGACCCCUCUCCUCAAUGAGUGUAAAGAAUGAACAGUUCAGCUUGAAAAUAGCUGCGUCAGAUGGCGAGCUGCUCUCCGCACCCACCUUUGUAAAUAUAUCAGUGGUCAGAGGCAGAAUGCCAGCAAGAAGUUUCAAUUGUCGAGACACAAAAGUUGCACAGAAGUUAGCUGAGAAACUACUGAAAAGAGCCACUGCCAUUAGCAAAUCCAAAGUGGAGGAAGGCUACACAGAUCUAUUUUCUGUCAACAGACAGACGCCUCAGUUCGAAUCCUUUCCGUCCGACAUUGUAGUUCGUGAGGACAUGCCCGUGGGAGCCAGUGUCCUUCAAGUGAACACAAAUGACGGUGACACAGGCUUCAAUGGUCGCAUUCUGCAUGCCAUAUCAGAUGGGAACAUUGACAGCUGCUUCAAUAUUGGCAUGGAAAGCGGCCUAAUAUACAUCUAUCAGCCACUGGACCGUGAACAAUCAGAUCGGUACCUUCUCAACAUAACUAUCUAUGACUUCGGUGUUCCACAGAGAUCCAGCUGGAGAUUGCUGACAGUUAACAUUGAUGAUGUGAAUGAUAAUAGCCCAAAAUUCUCCCUCGAGAGCUAUACUGCCAUUAUACCAGAGAAUGCAGCUAUCGGCACGGAAGUGAUCAAAGUCACAGCCUCGGAUGAAGAUCUCGGUCAGAACGGUGAAAUCUCAUACACCUUGUUAACAAACACCCCUUUAUUUGCCAUUACCAGCGAGACCGGCUCUGUUUACGUGUCUAGUCUGUUGGACAGGGAGUCCGUCUCAGAUUUCACCCUCAAAAUUCAGGUUAGGGAUAAGGCAGAAAGAGGGAAUCAGAUGUUUUCGGAGACAACACUGAAAGUCUACCUCGAGGAUGUAAAUGACUGUGCCCCUAUGUUUAUUCCCAGGAGCUACAGUUGCCAUGUGUUGGAGGACCUUCCUAUAGGUGCAGUUAUAGCUUGGCUGCAAACGCAAGAUCCUGACAUUGGAUCUGCAGGAUGGGUGAGAUACUCCCUGCCCAAUGAUUUCAAUGAAACAUUUAAGAUCCAUCCUGAAAGUGGUGCCAUUAAAGUGGCCAAAGACCUGGACUAUGAGAAGCAACAAUUUUACAAUCUCUCAGUGGUGGCAGAGGACUUGGGUUUUCCAGUCAAGCUUCGCUCUGAGUCUUAUCUUGAAGUGGAAGUCAUUGACGUCAAUGAGAACCUCAACGAGCCGUAUUUCUCAGAAUUCGCAGUGAGGGGCACUGUGAAGGAAAACUCUCGGCAUGGAACAAGUGUCCUCCAGGUGACUGCUCAAGAUGAUGACAAGGGCAGAGAUGGAGUGAUCAGAUACUCUAUCAAAGCUAGAAGUGGUCUUGGAAGGUUCUCCAUUGAUGAAGAAACAGGAAUGAUUUACACCACUGGCAGCCUGGACUGCGAGACUCAGGAUUCAUACUGGCUAACGGUGUAUGCAACGGACCGUGGCGUGGUGCCGCUUUCUGCCUCUAUUGAGGUGUUUAUCCAGGUGGAGGAUGUGAAUGAUAAUGCACCUUUGACCCUUGAACCCGUCUACCACCCGUACGUCAUGGAGAACUCUCCCAAAGACGUGUCUGUGGUCCGUAUCCAAGCCCGGGACCCGGACGUUACCGCCUCAGAUAGCCGUCUCAUGUAUCGUAUCACGGCUGGGAAUCCUCAGAACUUCUUUUCCAUUGAUUCCAACACAGGACUCAUCACCACCACAUCAAGGAAACUGGACAGAGAGCAACAAGCAGAGCACUUCUUAGAGGUUACAGUUAUGGAUGGAGGAGGGAUCUUCAGGCAGUCCACUGUCUGGGUGAUAGUGCAUGUUCAAGAUGAGAAUGACAAUACGCCUGAAUUCAAAGAGUCUGUGUACCGCAUCAGCCUUCCGGAGCGGGACCGUAACAAACGCGGUGAUCCUGUCUACAGAGUCUUCGCUUACGAUCGAGAUGAAGGGUCCAAUGCAGAUCUCACAUACAGCAUCGUGGAUGGGAAUGACGACGGCAAAUUCGUAAUCGAUGCCAAGACAGCCAUGGUGUCUUCCAGGAAGAUGGUCACAGCUGGUGGCUAUGAUAUACUCACGAUAAAAGCCAUUGACACUGGAACCCUUCAGAAGUGGUCGACCGCCCGUUUGCAUGUUGAAUGGAUUCGGAAGCCCGUGCCUUCGCCACUAGCCUUGCGAUUUACCGCAGCCAUUUACAACUUCACAGUGGCGGAAAACGCCAAAGUGUAUGAGUCAGUUGGAGUGGUCUCUGUUUGGCAGACAGAAACUCCUUUAUGGUUCGACAUCAUUGAAGGUGGAAGAACGUCCCGGGAGAUGUUUUAUAUCCCACAGAGCUCCUGUGGUGGAAACUGUUCAUCUGACAGUGGUAACUAUGAUGGUCCAUUUGAUAUUCAGAGAGGGAUGGGGACCAUAGUAAUAGCCAGACCUCUCGAUGCAGAGACACAGUCGCUAUACAACAUGACGGUACAGGUAACAGAUGGGACAAACACUGCUACUACACAGAUUUACAUAAAGGUUUUGGACAGCAAUGACAACAGUCCUAUUUUCUCUGAGCGUACAUAUGAAGUCUUGGUGUCUGAGGAUACUCCAGCUGACACUGAGGUCUUGCGUGUCCGGGCCAGGGACAAGGAUGAACGGUCAAAGUUGAGCUAUUCUAUCCAUGGCAGCGUUGAUCCGGCGAGCAUGCGGAUGUUUAGGAUCAAUCCUGGUACUGGUGUCAUGUACACAGCAGAUCGACUGGACUAUGAGAGCCGCACUCAGCACAUCCUUACUAUUAUGGUGAAAGAUCAAGAAUUUCCCUAUUAUAGAGACCUGGCACGGAUUAUUGUGACCUUGGAGGAUGCCAAUGACCAGCCUCCUUUUUUUACUCGCACUAUUUAUGACAGUACAGUGUUUGAGUCUUCCCCUCCAGGAACGUCAUCUUUGCAGGUGAUCGCACUAGACAGAGACUCAGGGAGAAACGGGGAGAUAGUUUACUCAAUUGUUGCAGGAAUUACUGGUGGCAUAUUUGGAGUAGAUCCAUUAUCUGGCAUAAUUUCAGUAGCCAGAGAGCUGGACCUUACAACUGUGGGUUUUUAUACCCUUACUGUGAGAGCCACAGAUGGAGGUACUCCGGCAUUAAGUAGCACAACUACUGCUAGGAUCGCCAUCUCUCUGUCUGAUUUCUCCAGUCCAAAGUUUGCCCAGCAAGAAUACCAGGCUGAGAUCACUGAGAAUGUGGCUAUCGGGACUUUUGUCAUAUUGGUCUGUGCAAUUAGCCGAACCACAUUGAUAUAUGACAUUAUACAAGGAAAUGAUGAAAGGAGGUUUAAAAUAAACCGUUACACAGGUGUCAUCACAACACAAAGGAAUUUUGACUUUGAGAUGACCUCCUCAUAUAUGCUGGCGAUCCAGGCUGUAAACAUGGCUGGGAUUGCCUCCAGUGUCACUGUCUGCAUCCAAGUGGUUGAUGAAAAUGAUAAUCCUCCAGUUUUUCAGGAGCUCACAUAUACAGGGACCAUCAGUGAGGCGGCCCCCAUCAAUAGUGUGGUGAUAAGUGAGGAUGGAAAGCCCCUGGUAAUUGAAGCCACAGAUGCUGACAAGAAUCACAAUGCCCUCCUGGUCUUCCAGAUUGUGGAGGACACAGCAAAAUUGUUCUUUACUGUAGACUCAGGAACAGGCUCCGUCAGAACUAUAGCUAAACUGGACUAUGAAACAUUCAGUGCUUUUUAUUUUUCUGUUAAUGUGAGGGACAGUGGCAGGCCUCAGCUAACAGCAGAGAAGCCAGCCAAGGUCCUAAUCAGGGUUGUGAACAUCAAUGACUCUCCCCCUCAGUUCUCACAAGAAGCUUAUGAUACUGUUUUGCUUCUUCCAACAUAUGUUGGGGUUGAGGUUCUGAGAGUAGAAGCCACUGAUCCUGACAUGACCACUGAUCUGAUGUAUUCCUUGGCUGAUAGCAAUUUGGAGCACUAUGAAAUGGAUUCAUCAUCAGGCAUACUCACGGUCAAAAACAAUAAACUCUCCAAAGACCGUUAUCGUUUCAAUGUCAAAGUGUCAGACGGGCGGUACUUUUGCACAGCACUCGUGACUGUGUUAGUUAGGGAGGCUAUGGACAGUGGCCUCCUCUUCAGUCAAACCACAUACUCCUCCUCUGUACUGGAGAACAGUGUGAACAUUACCACUGUGAGCAUUGUAAAUGCUGUAGGAAACCGCUUAAAUGAACCACUAAAGUACACGCUUUUGAAUGCAGGGACACGCUUUACAAUUCGUCCCACAUCAGGAGUCAUUCAAACCACAGGAGUCCCUUUCGAUCGAGAACAACAGGAACUGUAUGAGCUGGUGGUUGAGGCGAGUAGAGAAUACGACCAGCUGCGAGUUGCUAGAGUAACCGUCAGAGUAGAAGUUGAGGAUGUUAACGACAAUGCCCCUGAGUUUCUAGGCCUUCCAUAUUAUGCUGCUGUGCAGGUUGAUGCAGAACCUGGCUCAUCCAUCUUCCAGGUGUCUGCGACAGAUUUGGACAAAGGGAUAAAUGGAGCUGUAUAUUACGAGCUUAAGGAGGACCAUCCACAUUUUGAGGUGAAUAAGCUCACUGGGGAGCUUACUCUUAAAAGGGCCUUUGAUGCAGACUUGUCCAAUGUUGAAUAUCUGCUGGUCGUCCUUGCACGUGAUGCAGGCUACCCCUCUCUCUUCACUUUUGUCGAGCUUCCAGUUACAGUUGUGAACAAGGCCAUGCCUGUUUUUGACAAGUCAUUUUAUGGCAUAUCAGUUAGAGAGGAUAUUGCAGUGUCAACUCCCAUAUUAUGCAUAAAUGCCAGCAGCCCAGAGGGCCAAAACAUUAUAUAUACUAUCGUGGAAGGGGAUCCUUCCUUCCAAUUUGACAUUGGCUUUGACAGUGGUGUGAUUAGUGUCAUAUAUCCUUUAGACUAUGAAACCACACCCUACUACAGGCUAACCAUCAGGUCUACAGACACUCUCACUGGAGCCAGAUCCGAAGUAGAUGUGGACAUAGUUGUGGUGGAUGUAAAUGACAAUGCCCCUGCAUUUCGUAAUGCAUCAUACACCACCACUUUGCCAGAAAACUCAAUGAUCGGGUCUAGCGUGAUACAGCUUUGGGCGACCGACAAGGAUUCUGAAAAAAACAGUGUAAUUAGCUAUCAAAUCCUCUCUGAUGGAUUUAACAGCACAGACUACUUCCACAUUGACAGCACUAGUGGACUCGUGUUAACAGCUCGUCUUCUGGACUACGAACUUACACCGAGCUUUAGCUUUAUCGUUAGGGCAACAGACAACGGUUCCCCAUCCCAGAGCAGUGAGGUCACGGUCACCGUCUUAGUGAGUGACGUGAAUGACAACCCACCAUCCUUCAGCCAGCCACUUUACGAAGCUUUUGUGAGUGAACUGGCUCCCAGAGGGCACAUUGUGACAUGUGUCCAAGCUUCUGAUUCAGACAGCUCAGAUGCCAAGAGUUUGAAGUACAGCAUACUCUCUGGAGAUGAGAAAAUUAACUUCAUAAUAGACUCUCAGACAGGUGUUAUUUACUUGUCCAGUCAGCGCAGACAGGGGAUAAGGCCAGCAUACAGCCUCAAUGUGUCUGUAUCAGAUGGGGUCUUCACCAACACUGCACAGGUGAACAUUCGAGUCAUGGGGGCCAACCUUUACAGCCCUGUCUUUAGUCAAAGGUUCUACUUAGCGGAGGUCCGUGAGAAUGCCCCAGCAGGUACCAAAGUCAUUCAGGUGCGUGCUACAGAUGAGGACUCAGGAAUUUUUGGUCAGAUCAUGUAUUCCUUUAUCAAUGACCUUGGAAAGACUCAGUUUUACAUUGGAGCCAAUGGCCUGAUAACUACAGCUCAGAAACUCGACAGAGAGAACCCAGUAAACAGAGACAUUGUGCUAACUGUUAUGGCGCUCGAUGGUGGGGGAAGAGCAUCCUUCUGCACCGUUAGGGUAAUUCUUGCUGACGAAAAUGAUAAUGCGCCACGUUUCAGGGCUAUGGAGUAUAGAGUUAGCAUAAAGGCUAAUGUGCCAAUGGGAUCGCUGGUGACUCAAAUCCGGGCUCAGGACCCAGAUUCCGGCGACAAUGGCAGAGUUAGCUACUCGCUGUACAGUGAGGCAAGGCUUCCUCUUGUGGAUGUGUUGGAGAUUGAGCCUGACAGUGGCUGGAUGGUCACAAAGGGAAGCAUGGCGCAUUUAAGAGGAACGGUUCUCUCCUUUUUUGUCAAAGCUACUGAUGGAGGUGUUCCAGCCAAACAUUCCCUCGUGUCUGCAUUUAUUCAUGUCUUACCACCUGAUGCAAAUGUGCCCUCCUUCACCCAACCCCAGUACUCCUACACGGUCCCAGAGGACAUACCUGUUGGGACAGUCUUGGGAUCAGUGUACUUAAGUCCUGGCCAGACAGCUUUCUUUUCUGUGGCGAAUGGAGAGACUGGGGAGAGUAACCAGGGUGGGACAUUUUUAGUUGAGAGAGAAACUGGACUUCUAAGGCUUGUUAACCCCCUUGAUUAUGAACUCAUCAACAUUUACCGUUUCAAAGUUGCAGCCACCAUGAGACAGUCACUGGUUGAGUCCAUGUCUGUAGUGGAUGUAGAAGUCAAGGUGCUGGAUGUGAAUGACAACAAACCGUUAUUCGAAACCAGCUCUUAUGUGGCCAUGGUUAUGGAAGGUAUGCCUAGGGGUACACGGGUUAUCCAGGUACGAGCGCUUGACCCUGAUUGGGGAUCUAACGGACAGGUUAAUUACAGCCUUGGACCAACCCUAAACCAAGAGCAGGACAAAGCUAGUGGAUCUAAAUCUGCCGCUGGUGCCAUGUUUGUUAUUGACAGCAAGACUGGUUGGAUCACCACUCUCGGUGACUUGGAUCAUGAGAUGUGCCCAUCUUACACCUUCAACGUGGUGGCAUCUGAUCUAGGAGAGGGUGUCUCACUUUCCUCCACAGCUGUAGUGACCGUUGCAAUCGCAGACGUUAAUGACAACCCCCCUACUUUCGAGAGAGAGUACUACAGAGGUGCUGUGCGAGAGAGCGACCCUCUGGGAGAAGUGGUUUCGGUGCUGAGCACUCAUGAUGGGGACAGCUCUGAUCAGAAUCGGCUUGUCAGCUUCCAUAUCACAGGAGGAAACCCCAAGGGGGUAUUUGCGCUGGCUCCUGUUCAGGGGGAGUGGAAGGUCUUCGUGAAGCGUCCUUUGGACAGAGAGGAGCAGGAUCGAUACCUGCUCAAUAUCACAGCCAGCGACGGCCUGUUUGUAACCCGCAUAGGCGUGGAGGUCACUGUCAUGGAUUCCAAUGACAACAGCCCCAUCUGCAAUCAGGCGCAAUAUGAGGCCUCAUUUCCAGAAGAUGUGUCUGUUAAUACUGCCAUUCUGACAGUUGGAGCAACAGACUUGGACAGUGGUGUCAAUGCAGAAAUUCAGUAUUCUCUGUUUGGCAUUGGUGUUGAAGAUUUUUACAUGGAUGCAAAUACUGGUGAACUGAAGACGGCCUCUUUAUUGGACCGUGAGAGAACUGCAGGUUAUAAGUUGAUAGCACAGGCUACAGAUGGAGGGGGGCUGUUCUGUCGCUCUGAAAUUUCUCUGACCAUUCUGGAUGUUAAUGAUAAUGCACCAUCAUUUGCCUUCACACGGUUCAUGGCGAGUGUAUAUGAAAACGCGGCACCCAAGGCCUUGCUCACACGCCUUUGGGCUAAUGAUCCAGAUGAAGGUCUAAACAGGAAGAUCGUGUACUCACUUGUUGACUCUGCUGGUGGUAUGUUCUCCACUGACCCAUCCGCUGGUGUGGUGAUCCUGGAGAAGCCUCUGGACCGAGAGGUGCAAGACUCGUAUCAGAUCAGAAUCAAGGCUACUGACCGAGCAGGGGGCGAUGGCUCGCUCUCCACCGAGGUGGACCUCACCAUCAUGGUUCUGGACGUGAACGACAACCCACCUGUGUUUCAAAAGAAAGAUUACGUGGUCACAGUGCCUGAAGAUGUUACUGUAGGAACAGAAGUGCUGCGAGUCUUUGCCACAAGUAGUGACAUUGGAGUGAAUGCAGAAAUCUACUAUAGAUUCUUGUCUGGAAAUGAGCUGGGGAAGUUUUCCAUUGAUGAUUCAACAGGCAUCAUUUCUGUGGCGGAUGAUCUUGACUAUGAGCUCUGCAAGGAUUUUUUCUUGAAUGUCGAGGCCUUUGAUGAUGGAACACCUCCCUUGAGAGCCACGACAAUAGUGACCAUAGAGCUUCUGGAUGUCAAUGACAACUCGCCUUCAUUCAGCGAGGACAUCUACAAUAUUCUGAUCAGCGAGGACAUAGCCAUCGGAGAAACGGUCACGAGGCUGUUCGCAGAAGACUUGGACAGUCAGAUCAAUGGGUGUAUCACUUAUUCCAUUCUGAAAGGGGACCGUGAAAAUCAGUUUUGGAUCGACCCUGUCACCGGGCUUCUGAAAGUUAACAAGGCACUGGACAGAGAGACGGUCUUCAGCUACUCAUUGUCUGUGCAAGCGUUUGACAGCGGGUCACCUGCCAAGUCAACCACUGUGAAUGUCAAUAUCGAGAUUGCCGAUGUGAACGACAACCCGCCGAUCUUCUCUCCCGCUAAUGCUUCAGCUGUUAUUCAGUUGAACAAGCCUGCAGGAACUACCAUCCUCUCACUAUCAGUUUCUGAUAAGGACUCCUCUAGAAAUGGUGCACCUUUUGAGUUUCGUAUCGUGUCUGGAAAUGAGGGCAAUGCUUUCAGUCUGGACCAGAAUGGAGAAUUACGGACAAGCCGAGUAUUUGGUCCUGAUGCAACACGAGAGUAUACGCUUGAGAUACAGGCACGUGAUUCAGGGAAGCCUCGUCUGUCCUCCACAUCCUUUGUGUUUGUGCGUGUCAUCGGAGACAGCCUCUUCAAACCUGUGGCCUUCCCACUGGAAAUCAACAUUGUCAUGGCAGCAGAUGUGUUUCCUGGCGGGAUUAUAGGGAAGAUCUAUGCCACAGACCGAGAUGAGAAUGAUGUUCUGUCUUUCAGUCAGAGAUCACAAACAAACAGUCUUUUCAAAAUCAACAGACAGGACGGGAAGAUUGUGGCACUAAAUGGCCUGGAGCCUGGAAGAUACUCCCUAAAUGCUACAGUCAGUGAUGGGCGGUUUUCUGUGACCGUGGGCGUUAGCGUCCAGGUGGAGCAAGCCACGGAUGAGAUGGUGCAGAAUGCAGUGACUCUGCGUUUCCAAGACCUGUCCCCUGAGGACUUUGUGGGUGUGUACAUGGAAGAGCUAAAGAAGGUGCUCCAUACCUCACUGGUUGGUGAUGGGACAGGUGUUAUUGAUGGACCAGACCCUCUUCACAUCCUGGGAGUGCAGCCACUGAGUCGCUCCAGUCAGCUGGAGGUGCUCCUUGCCAUGGAGACACCAGAUGGGGGUUAUAUGGGUCCAGGAGAGCUGACUCUCAAGCUGGAGGGGGUGAAGGGUUUCCUAAAGGGAGCGCUGAGGGUGGUCAGCGUCUUGGAUCAGAGCUGCUCAGGAGAGCUUGAGUGCGGGGAGAGAGUCUGUGAGCUCACCCUCAGUCUCAACCCCAUCGGCUUGGUCACCUACACCACCUCCAGAGUGAGCUUUGUGUCUCCAUGCUUCAGCAGGAAAGAGAUGUGCACGUGUCCAGGAGGAAUAUGUCCAUCUUCUCUGGAGCUCUGUGAUGGCCAAACGUGUCCGUCUGACAUGCAGUGUGUGCGCAGCGGCCCUGCAGCGCCAUCUUUCUGCCAGUGUCUGCCUGACACGCUGGACAAGUGCGCAGGCCAAACAUCUCUGAGCUUUGCAGGGAACAGUUACAUCAAAUACAGAGUGACGGACAGUGAUAGGAGAGGAGACAUGAAGCUGGGCUUGAGAAUCAGAACGCUGCACAGCCAAGGAGUCAUCAUGUACACACGCGCUGACCCCUGCACACUGCUCAAGAUAGAGGAAGGGCGUCUGUGGUUCCAGAUGGACUGUGACAACAGACUGGACAUCCUGGGCAUCUCAGGGCGUCCAAUCAAUGAUGGGUCCUGGCACGCCGUGACCCUAGAGCUCACUAGUAACUACACUCUCCUUUCGCUGGACGACAGCUAUGUGGAGCGCCGGCGUUCUGCGCGGGCCCCUGUCCGCAUCUGGCCCCUGGCCGCAGACGGAUCGCUGUUCUUUGGGGCUCAGGUGUUGCACGGACCAGUGGGCAGAGGCAGCCAGAGGCCCCCACGGGCGCAAGAAGGCUUGCAGGGGUGCCUCGGGUCCAUCAUGCUCAAUGGGAAUGAACUCCCUCUUCAGAAUAAGAGGAGCCGGUAUGCAGAGGUAGCUGGGCUGAGUGACGUGAAGCUGGGAUGUGUUUUAUACCCUGAUCCGUGCCUCGGAGGACCGUGCCAGAAUGGAGCUUCUUGUACAAAGCUGCCUUCUGGUGACUUCUCAUGCAGCUGCCUGCCACAGUUCACGGGGUCCCGCUGUGAGAUGGAGGUGACGUCCUGUGUGCCCUCACCUUGUCAGAAUGGGGGUGAUUGUAAGGCUGUGGGAAACACCUUCCUCUGCGGUUGCCUCAAAGGCUUUACGGGACUCAUAUGCGACGAGGAUGUGAAUGAGUGUGAGAGGGAGGAGUGUGAGAAUGGAGGGACAUGUGUGAACACAUUCGGAGCCUUCUACUGUAACUGCACCAUUGGUUUCGAGGGUCAAUUUUGUGGCCAGCCGUCUCUGGACGGCCCAGACACUCAGGCCGAGGUCCUGUCGUACGUCGGACUGGGAGAGAUCAUCGGCAUUGGCGUGUUGCUCUUUGUGGUGUUGGUCCUGCUGACCCUGCUGGCCGCGUUCCGCAAAAAAGUCCUCCGGAAGGACUGGAGCCGCAGGGAGACAGUGGGAAUCUCCACAGAGACCAACUACAUGCUGCAUAACACGGGUAUAGGAGCCGAAGGCAUCGAGUUCAAAGCUGUACGGGUCAGCAGCGAGUGUCGCGCCAGCCUCUCCCGAAACGACAGCGCAGGAGGGCCGCCGCAGGUCAUGGUGCGGCCCACAGCCUACACGCUUCCCCACUGCCAGGGAAUCCCUAGAGGGGAAACGGAAAAGAUGGAGGAAGGGCUGGCCACCCUCUCCUGCCCUCCGCAGAUGAGCACCUUCCAGGCGGAUCCGCCACACAUCCUCGGGAUGCCGCGGAGAGGUGUGGCCGUCUGCAGCGUGGCGCCCAAUCUUCCCCCGUCUUUGUCCUUGAACCCGUCCGAACGCAGCCCAAUCCGCAAGCCUCCGUGGGAAGAGGACGACGAUGAGGACAAUGCUAUAGAGCAUCAAGUCCAAGCUCUGGAGUGGGAAGACAGGGGUUAUCAGGCGGACGCAGAGGAAGCGUACAGAACCGAGGAAGCUGGAAAUGCACCAGAAGAGGUCACCUGCUUCUCCGACAGCAGCACGAGCGAGGCGCACUCCCUCAGGUCCUUCCAGUCCGAUUCCUGCGACGACAACGCCUCCAUAGUGACGGUGAUACGACUGGUGAACAAUGCAGUGGACACCAUUGAAAAUGAAGUUGCAGGUCUGGGCGACGUCCAGCCUCACAGUACCCCCUCAAGCCCACACCUCCACUGUGAGGAUGAGAUAUGCGUGGAAUUCGUCAAAGAGUAUUUUAUGAAUUCCUACCAAUGGCAAACCUCGGAGUGGCUUGACACGUGUCUCCCAGGACUGGAAUCACCACCUCGAGACCAGACCCCUACACCACCUCCUCCACCCCUUCCUGCUCCUCCACCUCCCCUGACCCCUACACGGCUAGGCGGCACCCCUAUCCACCUGGGCGGCAGCAUGCGGUUGGAUGGCAGCACUCUAUCGCUGCAGACUGGCUACCCGUUACGACGAUACCAGGGCCAGAGAGAUUUCCGCACGUCACUAACCCUGGACGACAACAACUCGCCUGUAUAUGAAGAAUACCGUCACCCGGAUCACUACGACAACGCCUCUACUGUUCACCCGCUGGGUUUUAGCGAGGGCCGAUCCAGACCCGACUAUCAUCACUCCAGCCAGUACCUGCUCUCUCACCCUCCCCUACUGGCCUGGGAGGAGCGUCCGCGUGUCUGGGAGGACACGCACCCCUUCGGCAGCCAGCAGGAGAUUGACAGACUGGGCAGGAUUUCACUUCAGGCCCAACGCUUGCGUAGUCAGAGCCCAAAGACUUCUUUGUCUGGCAUGAGAGAGUAUUACUGACCGUUAACUGGACAAAGAGUCCUUAAUUACACUGGAAGCUUGUGAUCAUGCAACUGAGGACUCGACCUGAACAUGUGUGCUGAUCUGUCAGGAAUGGAAAAGUCUGGACUCUCACAGCCUCAACCAUACUGUACACUAGUGAUUAUUCUUCAUGUACUUCAUUAAAGGAAUAGCU